AUGAAUUCCAUGUAUUCCAAAAUCAAUCAGUAUAUAGAUCCAUCGUAUCUUUUCUUCGGUACACCAUCACGUAAACGCGAAAGUUCUGUGGCUAUUGAUCAUGAUCCGUAUUACGGUUAUGCUCACAGUUCGACAUGGUCAAAUAACAAUCCUUCACACGCUGAUCAACCACUUCGUUUUAUCGUUAUUCGUCAUGGAGAACGUGUUGAUGUCAUCUAUGGCGCUGGGUGGACUCAGAGAGCAUUUCCAUACGGUCAGUAUCAUCCAUUCGAUGCCAAUAUGCCACCCGGUCUUCCCUAUCGGGCCAACUNUUCUGUGGCUAUUGAUCAUGAUCCGUAUUACGGUUAUGCUCACAGUUCGACAUGGUCAAAUAACAAUCCUUCACACGCUGAUCAACCACUUCGUUUUAUCGUUAUUCGUCAUGGAGAACGUGUUGAUGUCAUCUAUGGCGCUGGGUGGACUCAGAGAGCAUUUCCAUACGGUCAGUAUCAUCCAUUCGAUGCCAAUAUGCCACCCGGUCUUCCCUAUCGGGCCAACUGGCAAGACUAUGACGUCGAUACUCCCUUAACAUCAAAAGGACUCUCACAAUCUUGGAAUGUUGGCAAUGUUCUCACGCGUUAUAAUUUGCCUAUUACCAGUUGUUAUUCUUCACCUGCAUUUCGUUCAAUUCAAACGGCUGAUAAAAUUCUUGAAGGUAUGGGUAGAAAAGCUCUUGUACCAAUACGUAUAGAAGUAGGUUUAUUCGAAUGUACAAGCUGGUAUACUCAAUCACCUAUUACUUUCAUGUCUGAUCAAGAAUUACUUCAAGGCGGUAUCAAUAUUGAUCAAUCAUAUCACUCACAGAUAUCCGAUUUGAAAUUAGUCGAAAAUGAAUAUCAAUAUUACGAUCGUUCGAGAGAUACAAUAAAAAAAAUCAUCAAAUUACAUAAGAAAACGGGUGGUAACAUUUUAUUAGUAGCACAUGCACCAUCACUCGAAGUACUUACUCGACAUCUAAUGAAUGGUCAACCACGACCAGAACGUCUUGCCGAAUUAGCUAGUAAAGUUGAUUUUUGUAGUAUGACCAUUGUUGAACGUGAAUCAUCAGCAAAACCAUGGCAUUUUCGUUAUAGUCUCGAUGAAAAAUUAUCGGAGGAUCAACAAAAAUUGGAACAAUCACGAUCAGCCAGUACACUUGCUCGAUCAAACUCUUCAUCUCAAUUAGCUCCCUCACCACCACCACAACAACAGCAAUAUACAUCAAUGGUACAACAACCGCAAACCUAUGCGACGUAUACGCCAAAACAACCACCAUCGUUCUAUCAACCAACACCUCUAAAUUAUCAUUUUCAUCCACAAAUGGAAAAUUAUCCUCCCUAUUUUGAUUUUGCAUAA